AUGGUCAUCAGCUACCCCCCGCUCGAGGACCGGCCCCUCAAGAACACCAUCUGCCUCUUCGACGUCGAUGGCACCCUCACGCCGGCGCGGCGCGGCGUCUCCGCCGAGAUGCUGAACCUGCUCGCGCGGCUGCGCCAGAAGUGCGCCAUCGGCUUCGUGGGCGGCAGCGACCUGGCCAAGCAGCAGGAACAGCUGGGCACCCCGGACGUGGCCGUGACCACCCUCUUCGACUUCUGCUUCGCCGAGAACGGCCUGACCGCCUACAAGAACGGCGAGCAGCUGCCCUCCAACAGCUUCAUCCGCUGGCUCGGCGAGGCCCAGUACAAGGAGCUCGUCAGCUUCUGCCUGCACUACGUCGCCGACCUCGACAUCCCCGUCAAGCGCGGCACCUUUGUCGAGUUCCGCAACGGCAUGGUCAACGUCAGCCCCAUCGGCCGCAACGCCAGCGUCCAGGAGCGCAACGACUACGAGAAGUACGACAAGGAGCACCACGUGCGCGAGAAGUUUGUCGAGAAGCUGCGCGAGCGCUUCGGCCACCUCGGCCUGACUUUCUCCAUCGGCGGCCAAAUCUCCUUCGACGUCUUCCCCACCGGCUGGGACAAGACCUACUGCCUGCAACACCUCGAGACCGAGGCCAAGAAGACGGGAGGAAUAACCUACACGACGGUCCACUUCUUCGGCGACAAGACGUUCAAGGGCGGCAACGACUACGAGAUCUACGAAGACCCCAGGACGAUCGGGCACUCGGUGAAGGGGCCCGAGGAGACGAUGGGGGAGCUCAAGAAGCUCUUCGAGCUGGAGUAG